AUGGCCUCUCGCAUCUCUCGCUCUUCCUCCUCCUCCGUCAGGACCUCCAUGGGGGGCUCCUCCGGCUCCAUGAUGGGCGGAGGAAACCGCAUGGCCGUGAGGUUGGGCAGCGUGUACGGAGGAGCAGGAGGCGCUGGAGUCCGGAUCUCGUCCUCCUCCGGCUUCAACAUGUCCAGCAAUGAUGAAAGCCUGGUCGGCAACGAGAAGUUCGCAAUGCAGAACCUGAACGACCGUCUGGCCACCUACCUGACCAAGGUGUCGGCGCUGGAGAAGGCCAACGCUGACCUGGAGCUGAAGAUCAGGCAGUUUGUGGAGAGCAAGGUUGGCCCCACCACCAGAGACUACAGCGCCUUCUACGUCACCAUUGCCGACCUCACCAACAAGGUAACAGCCAUCCUCUAUCCUCCGCACCAUCCUCAGCCUUACAGGUACCAGGCAUUAGGUACCAAGGUCUCCUUCUUCUUCUUCUUCUUCUUCUUCUUCUUCUUCUUCUUCUUCAUUGCAGCAGAACUCCUCUCAAUGUAGUUAUUAGGAUUAAAUAAAGUUUUUGUGUUUUCUUUCAGAUUCAGGGAGCCAUCAAAGUAAAUGGAGCCAUCCACCUGAGCAUCGAUAACGCCCGGCUGGCUGCAGACGACUUCAGGACCAAGUAAGUCCAAACCCUCUGAAAGAGAUAAAUAUUGAGAGUGACAUAUCAAUACCCUCAGUACAUGAUCAAUGAUACUGACUUUGCCUCGCUUAUGACACUCCUGUAAGAUGUCAAAUUAGAGGAGUAAGUCAAAAAACAAGUGUAAUUGGUUUAAAAAAUCUUAUCUCACAAUGCAAAGACAGUGUUUAGACAAACGUUGUCACUCUGUUUAGGUAUCAUCUCUGUACGGAAAAAACAAGUGAUGUAUCCUUAGCUUUAAAGUCUUCAAUUGCUGCCUCCACCUAUAUUCAUGACCACACUGAAGAGAUGCAAGGAUUUCCAACAAGAUCAGUUAAAGAUAGAUAGCACCCUCUCCUAGUAAAAAAAGAAAGGGUAUCAUAGUUCAUUUUUUAUCUCAAUUAUUAAAACCAGCCCUUAUAGGUUUAUGUUGGCAGCAACCUCUGGUUUUGAGAUAUAAAGCCAAUGUUUUCAUGUUAAAAACUGCAGUAUCCCCAAGUGUCCACUAGAGGCAAUCCUUGAAAAGCUGCAUACACAUCCAUUUAAAAUGUCCAGCAGAAAACAGAUAUGUUCACAACCUGGUCCAAAACAGUUUUUUUAUGAGCUUAUGUGUUAUGCAAAAUGAGGGGUGUGGCUGAUUUGAGUGACAGGUUGUUACAGAAGAGGCUAAAGGUCGGCCUCGGCUACACCUCUUUGCAGGUUGACCUCCAGCUAGGUUGAGUCAGCAUUCCUAAGAUGUUGACUUUCACUGUUAGGCAACAUAACUGCCUCAGAGGGUGAUGGGGGAUGUCACAGUUUUCUACAGCAUAAUGUGUUAUCUCAAGUAGCUCUGAGACUAAAUGGUUUAGCAGCUUUAGCAGGAUCUGUGCUAUCUGUAAUAUAAAAUUUGUAUGAACUUCAUCAGGUUAUUAUGACAUUUUCUGAGUUUAUUAUUGAUUUUAUUAUUACAGAGUUAAUCUCAUCAAACUUUCUGUGUUUGCUCUGUAGGUGUGAAUCAGUCAGGUGUUUCUGUCAUUGCUGCAAAGGAGUUAGAGCACUUAAAGCCUGUUCAAAUAUAAAGACACACUGAUGUCUUGAUUAUUAAGGUGUCAAGUGUAUUUUUAUUGACAGGUUGCAGCAGGUAAGGUGUUAAAGUUUGAUCAGGUAGCUCUCACCUCAGGGCUUCAUAUCAUCGUGAAUCCGUUUGUAAUAACAGACAAGCUCGGAAAUUCAGGAGGAUCAGUACACUCAUCCAUACAGAAACUCUGAUCAUUUAUUCAACACUUCGAUCAGGUCAGCUGUGAGGAUAAAAUCACUCUGCUGCCAAAAAAAAAAAAAUUACUACAUUCAACAGCUGAAGCAGCAAAAGUACAAAAACUUCAAAAAUCAGAAUAAUUAUUUAUAAAAACCCUUUAAAGAAGUAAAAAUACAGGGAAUUCAACAUCAAAUAUUAUAUUCACUAUAAUACUUAAUUCAAGAAUUUUUAGAGUGGUACCGAAACUAUAUCAAAGAACUAACAGAGUAGUUCUGGUACUAUGUUUACUCUAAGAGUACUGGGACUAUAACUUCUGUUUUUUAAAGUAGUACUUCUACAACAGCUGGCAGUAUUUGUAGGACUUAGACAGUGAGUCACUGGUAUCUAGUAGUUGUAGAUGUAUUAGGUUUAUGUGUAAAAGUACUUUUUUGAACUUUUUAGAGAUGAUAUUUAUACUAUAAACAAAUAUUUUAUUUGAGUAUAUAAACGACAUUAUUGGUCGACUCUGGACCACUGCAGUACUAGAAAUACUACAGGUUAAAACCACAGCAUUGUUAGUACUAUAAUAGUAGUAGUAGUAGUAGUGGUGGUGAAAAUACUUGUUGAAGUAUUGGUACUGCUAAUUUGUGACGUCUCGUAAAGUAUGUUCAUAGUUUUUAUUUGACAGUUUAACAGCAGCUCACACGCUUAUAACCACAGAGCAUCACACCCAUCCAUCGCCUGACUCCGCCCACUACACCUGCUCUCCAUCCUCACCCCAUGUAUCCUCCUCAUCUCGUGAUUCCUCAUCUUGUUUUCUUAUCCUCCCCUCCCCCCUCACAGGUAUGAAACAGAGCUUGCGAUGCGCACGUCUGUGGAGGCGGACAUUGCUGGGUUGAAGAGGGUCCUGGAUGAACUGAACUUGGCAAAGACUGACCUGGCAAUGCAGAUUGAGGGUCUUAAGGAGGAGCUGAUCUUCCUCAAGAAGAACCAUGAGGAGGUAAAGGGCCCGAAUUUUAUUUAUUUUUAAUCACUAUUUGGUCUAUUAAUUUCUCAAAUGAACCUCCACGGUUUUGAAAAAGAAAUUCAUAUAAAGUCAAGAACCCAAAAGGAUAAUUUAGAGUAAAUAAAUAAAAGUUUGAUUAAAAUGUCUCAGUUCAAAGUUCAAUUUGCAUUUUCAUGCUUUUUUACAUUAUUUAUCAAUUUUUAUUAAAUAGUUAUUCUUGAAUUUUUAAUCUACAUGUUCUUUAGUUUUCGUUUAAUAGAUUAAAGAAUCAAUGUGAAAUGAGGUACAUUUUGGUUGAUAUACUGUAGGCUAUUUUAAUCAAACUUUAGCAGAAGCAGGUUUCCACACAGUGAAGGCAUGUUUAUAGAAAAUUAAAUAGCGCCCUCUUGAGGCUGCUCUAUACAUUACAGCAUAUAAAUACAACUGCUGUCUCCUCAGUGCUUACAAAAGAAACACUUUUACAAAUUUAUCUUUUUGAUUUAUAAAAUUAUCUUCUUCAAUUUUUUUUCUUAGUUCUAGCAAUUAAUAACUUUUUUUUAUUCCAAACUUACAGCUCUCUUCUUUGACCGGUUAAUUUUUUAGUUUCUUGUAGGUCAGGGUUUGAUGUUUACAAAAAUGGUUGGUCCUGACCAAGUCUGAUGUUUGGGGUCUCUCUGCAGGAGAUGUUGGCGAUGCGCACCCAGAUGAGUGGUCAGGUGAACGUGGAGGUGGACGCCACUCCAGGACAUGACCUGAAUAAGAUCAUGGCUGAAAUCAGAGAGCACUAUGAGGCGGUUGCUGCUAAAAAUCAGAGAGAUCUAGAGCACUGGUUCCAAGCCAAGGUACUGCUGUGACAUUAUCCUGUUUUGGACUGAGAGCUCACCUGGAUGUCGUCUUAUUAACCUGGUAUAUGUGUAUUCGUGUGUGUGUGUGUGUGUGUGUGUGUGUGUGUGCAGUCGGAGGCCCUGAACAAAGAGGUGGUCACUCAGACUGACAGCCUGCAGACAUCCAGAUCAGAGAUCACGGAGGUGAAGCGCACCCUGCAGAAUCUGCAGGUGGAGCUGCAGACGCUGCUCGGCCUGGUGAGUCCGCAGAAACUGAGAGGCUGCAGGUUCUCCUCACAAGCUGGAUUUAUGAUGGUUUAAUCUGCAAUUGAUUUUAAAAAAAUGUUGAAAUCUUUAGUUGAUCAAUAGAAAUGUGCUCCAAAAGCUUAAAAAUGAUGAGAAUAAGAAUAUAAAAUCUGAAAAAAAUGUCACUUUGAAUUCAUAAACACAUUAAGUAAAAAUUACAAAUACUGGAUUUUGAAAUGAACUGGAGGGUUUUCCUUCCUGUGUCUUUUUGGGGCUUCUGCAGCAGGUGUAACUUAACGACAUGUUGCUCUGCUGUGUCACUGUGAAAUAAAAAUAUAAAAGUAACAUAAAAAUGUAAGUGAUGAAAAGAAAAAUUCAUUUUUUCAUUUGAGACUUACUUUGUUUUUCUGCAGAAAGCGUCUCUGGAGGGAACUCUGGCUGAGACUCAAAACCGCUACAGCAUGGUACUCUCAGGAUACCAGUCUCAGGUGAGACCAUGACUGAGUCAGAGUUUGACUUUUUAAGAUUUAGACUUUUAUCUGAUUCACUUCAUCCACUCUGCAUCUUUUCCUCCUCUUUCUUCUUUUUGUGCCUCUUCUCCCCCUUGUCCAGGUGACGAUGCUGGAGGAGCAGCUGGUGCAGCUGAGAGCUGACAUGGAGCGUCAGCGUCAGGACUAUCAGAUGCUGCUGGACAUCAAGACCAAACUGGAGCUGGAGAUCGCCGAGUACAGGAGACUGCUGGAUGGAGAGUCUGUUACCAGGUGAGACCCAGGUGUUAAUGACCACACCUUAGAAAAGGUCGUCUCAUCUCUGCAGGGAGGGUUUUUAUAUCCACAAGUCCUCAGUAAAGCAUUUGUAAAUGCUGAAAAACAAAAACAGUGACAAUUUCUUAUUAUAAAAAAUAUAUUUUUUUAAUGGUGUCUUUCCUCUGUUGAAUGUUUCUUUGGCAUGGUCAUUAAAAAUCAGAGCAAACUAAGCCGAGAUAGUGAGAAAUGUCACAAUAAUUUGAAUUAUCAAUAUCUAAUUUUGCUGUCACUCUGACUGAUUUGCUCUCUGAUUGGUUCACAGUAGUACCACCACCACCACCACCCGCCGAGUCGUGACGGUGGUGGAAGAGGUGGUUGAUGGGAAGAUUGUGUCCUCAUCCUCAUCCUCCGCUGCCUCUGCCUCUGUCCUGUGA